UCCCCAGAUCACCGGAAAUUACAGUUUCUCGCCAGUUUCCAUCUUCAAAGCCUACGAUUUGCGACUCCGCGUCUUACCAAGUCUUUACCUUUGAAUACUUCCCUCUCCCUCUUUCCCCACUCUUUAAAAUCUCUCUCUCUCUCUCUCUCUCUCUCUCAAAAGAUCUGGCCUUUCGUGCGGAGCGUCAAACUUUUCUUUUCUGCGAGACAGUUGCCGCGAUUUCUCAGGAUUGCUGUUGAUCUCUGUGUAGAUUUCUAAUUACCAUAUUUUUUUAGUUCUUCUAAGAUCUUCAACGCGGCCCAAGUAAAGUGUGCACAUUUUUUCCACCGAAAAUGUUUGGUUUAAAGAAGUCUCCUUUGAAGGCUGCUAAACAUAUCACACUGAAUCCUGUACAUCCGGCGUCCUCUGACUCAAACCCUUUUGAAGAUGCACCAGUUGGACAGCGAGGACAGGAGAAGUCUUCUUCCUAUGCAUACAAGACUAUUUUGACUGAGAGGAACAAAUACAAGAAUGAUUUCCGUGACACAGGAGGAGUAGAGAAUCAAUCAGUGGAAGAGUUGGAGAACUAUGCAGUGUACAAGGCUGAGGAGACUACAAAAGCAGUCCACGGCUGCUUGAAGAUUGCUGAAGAAAUGAGGGAGGAUGCUACCAAGACUUUGGUCAUGUUGCAUCAGCAAGGCGAACAAAUCACUAGGACCCACAUGGUUGCUGCAGACAUCGAUCAGGAUCUUACUCGGGGUGAAAAGCUUCUGGGAAGUCUUGGGGGCAUCUUCUCUAAGACUUGGAAGCCAAAGAGGACUCGCCCAAUACGUGGCCCUCUCAUUACAGGAGACCAUGCAGUCAGAAUGGGCAGCCAGGAGGAGAGGGAGAAGUUGGGACUGAGACCAGAACCCAAGGGAAGAUCUAAUCCACGAACAUUACCUGAUGGACCAACCAGCACCCUUCAGAAAGUUGAGGUUGAGAAGUCGAAGCAAGAUGAUGGAUUGUCCGAUUUAAGUGAUCUGUUGGGAGAGCUGAAGGGUAUGGCCAUUGAUAUGGGGUCUGAAAUUGAGAGGCAAAGCAGAUCUAUUGACCAUCUCUACGAUGAUGCUGAUGUGUUAAACAGCCGCAUUGGAGAUGCAAAUCUACGUGGUCGUCGCUUGCUCGGAAAGUAAAAUGCAGGGUUGUAGAUGCUUUCCUGGACAGACCGGAUUGUAUUUGCGUCUCCCUCCCCGUACUCCUCAUUCUUUCGGAUUGUAUUUGCGGCUCCGUCUCAUACCCCUCAUUCUUUUCUCCCCCCAUUCAUUGAUCUGGAUGUACACACUUUCAAGUAUCUGGAUUUUGUAUAAAACUUUGUUCGUCGAACGCGAGUUGGAAGAUUAAUUGAUAAAACGAGACAUUUUCCUUUAA